AUGUCUACCAUGAUGCCAGAGUCGAUACCAGGCUUUCAUGCCAUUGGGCGAACUCCCGGGACUACAGAAGACAUGAACGGUCUCUCAUUCGCAACAGACUGCCCACCCGAUAUUGGCCCAAGGACCCGCCUGAUCGCAGUUUGUGGCAUCACCGACGACCACGACCAAGCUAGUCCAACGAAGGACGGCUGGUUCUUCUCGGACUUUUAUCUGUUCCAUUACCUCUUUUCUGAUCCCCAUGGGCCAACACCAUCUCAUGUCUGGAUGACUAGUGAAAAGCCCGAAGACCUCGUGCAGAAGUACACAGAAUACAUACAUGAAGAUGCAAAAGAAGAGCGAAGAGUCGUACUGGACCAGAAUAUGAUUCCAGGGAUCGAACAAAGUGGCAGCUUAUGCGUUGUCUCGAGGAAGGAUCUUCUAGAACGUUUCUUGUCCAGUCUACGCGAACAAUCGCUCUUGGCUAAGAAUGAAAAUCAGCACUUGGUCGUCUUGGUUUUUGGUCAUGGGGAUCUGGAAACAUUUGGCUUGGCUCUCGGCGGAGUCAAACCAAACCUCAAAAUUGAAGACGUCCAGCACGCUCUGCAGCCUGGCACACCUGUCACACUGUUCAUGACAUCGUGUUUCUCUGGGGGCUGGAUUGUAAAGCCGAACGCAAUGACAUCCAAACCUAUCACUCGCGCAGAGAGCCAAUCUUGGCCAGUCAGUCCCAGUAUCAGUCGAGCGUGCGGAAGUAUGAUCACGAGUGCAAUUCUACAAACCAGUAUCGCGAUCGAGAACUCACAGGAGACAGCUGAAAUUCGCCACGACCCCACGUACUUCUCAUUUGCGCAAGCUGUAUACGAUUCGUAUAAGAGACUUGAUCAUUUCGCUGACGAAAAGGCAAUCCAUUUCUCUGCUCAAGACGAUCAGUGGGGACUUCACUUCAAAUGUCGUAGUGGUAUACCGCUAUCACAAUUGAAGUCACGCUGGGAGUCACUGCGCUCCGUGCCAGUAGGGGAUUAUAGAUCUGGAGGUUCAGACGGGCUUGGUACGGGCACUAGACUUCUCGAAACAGUCAGAAAACGUAGCAAAGUGAAAUAUGCCGCCCGAUUCUAUUUUGACAAGGCGAACCCUGGUCUACACAACUAUGCGUCAAAUAUUACACUCCAUGGCCAGCUGAUGCGCUUGCUUGAUGGCAAGGAGAAACUCGACGACGAGGAGCUGGAUGAGAUUUAUGAAGCACUGAGGUACCGACUCGAUGCUCUCGCCCAAGCUGAGGAACUUGCUACGGAGCAUUGGAAAAUCUCGGAAGAGGAAGACAAGCUUGAUGCACUCGCCUGGCGGUUGCUGAUUGAGAAAAGGAUAGUAGACAAACCGGUGAGGGGUCUUUUUUGGCCCAAGCCUGUCCGUUUCCUCUCUGCUUGUUUAGUCACGUCUGGGCUAGACUACAAUGAAAUCCAGCAAAGAGUCGCAAUUGCAGAGGGUUAUAAACGCAGACAAGCAGAAGCUAUUUCGGAGUUACAUGGCAGCCAAAUCACGAGGGAUGAGGAAGUGAUCCGUUGCCGCGAUAUUUUAGUGGACAAAAUGAAGAGUCUUGGGUAUCAGGCCCGGGCAGUUUUUUCCGGCUAA